AUGGUAGGUAAAAUUACAAGCCAUAUGAUAGCUAAAGAUGUAGAUUGUUGGACUGAGGACACAGAAUUUGAUGAGGAUGGAUUGAAAUAUGUAAAACUCGUUAAACGUGGAAAUGAUUUAUCAGUAGUUUCUUCAUGUGACUUAGUUUCAGAUAGCCAGUCACUGGUCAGUGUAAGAACAUUAUCUGCAGAUUCAUCACUUGAUGGUUAUUCCAAUAAAUUUAAGAUAACUCCACCAUUAGGUUCCAAAGAUCCGAAUGAAAUGAUAAUGGUUUAUCAUGAAAAUCUCUCGAGUAUUUAUGACUUAUCUUGUGAUGGUGAAUCUUCAUUGAAAUCAGGUAUGGAUUGCAAGUUGAAGCAUUCCAAUGAACGACGUGCAGGAAGGCCUCCACUAGAUAGAUCUGAUUAUUACUGUCAAAUUUGUUCUGCAACAAAGACUCCCCAAUGGCGUUAUAUAUCAGUGUGUUCAUCAGAAGCUAAACUACGUGUUUGUAAUGCAUGCUGGAUGAAACAGCGUAAAAAGCGUGAUACAAGAGGAAUGUUAUUUUCAAUGAAUAACAGUAUUUUGAGAAAUUCAAAGCUGAAUAAGGAAAAUAUUGAUUCAAAUUUUAUUGUGAGUGCAUCCCAGGAAAGAUAUAUACGAUAUAAUAACUUAAGUAUGGAAAGGCAUAGUGGGAAAUAUGAAUUAUGUGGAUAUAAGAGAAAUAGUAUUAAGCCAGCACCAGUAAGGUCAAAUCCAUAUGGUAAUAAUGCUCUUCCAAUUUCAAUACCAGUGAUAUCACUUUGUAAUGUUUGUGGGAAUAAUAAUCCUUGCCAUUGUUACUCCAACUAUUGCCAUCCAAAUUUUAUAGAAAAUAAUACUGUCUUGUGCACUAAUCACACACAAGAAAAUGAGGCAUUUAGCAAUAUAACUGCAUUAAAUAAUCAUAGUCUUAAUGACAUUUCUUUGGGGCAAAAUUCCGUCAUCUCUAAUUAUAAUAUAUCUGGUAAUAUUAGCAUUGUACCCCAUAAUAAAGCAAAGACUAGUAAUCUUGACAAUAGAAAUAGCCCUAAAUCUAACUGCAAUAGUGAUAAUAAUGAGUUGAUUAGAAAUAAUAAUUUUAAAGAUGGCACAAGGAAUAGUGACGAUUGUAAUAGUCAUUACAAUGGUAAAUCUAGCAUGAGUAGUAACUGCAAAUCACAAACAUUUUGUAAUAAGAAUACUCAUAUAAAUAAUAAGAUGUCUAUAUCUACGCCUGUUCAUCAUCAAUCUUCAACAACUGUAUCUCCAAACACAAAUUACUGUAAUAUUUCAUCUUAUACAUCUUCUCCAUGUCAAUCAUUCACACCUUAUGAAGGCCCAUUUCUAGAAGAUCCAAAUAAGACUAUGAGUAUGUCGUCAUCUUUAUACUAUUAUGCAAACUCACAAAAUAAUCGAUGGAAUGAAGAUACAGCAGUAAUUACAGCUAGUAACGUUCGUAAUUAUCAAACUGAUACGAUCCCAACUUGUGUUAGUGAUUCAAUAACCAGCAACAAGACUUCAUCGCCAUUUGUACUGGAUGAAUCUGUACCUUCACUAUCACUCUCUCCAACAAGCACCGAAAAUGUAAAUAACUCAAAUGAUCUGUUAUAUAAUAAAUCUAUUGAAUCUUGGAAUUCGGACUAUUUACCAAUUGAUUUAUUUUCAAUUGUUUCAACAAGUGAUAAGGUAGUAUCAAACUUCCAAAAUUCUCAAAUAACUCAAUUUAAUGACGCACUAUCUAAAAUAUACCCAAAUUCAGGUUCAAUUGUAUUUACAAAUAAUGAAAAUAAUAGGCAGGAAAAUUGCGAUUCGUGGGACUUAGAACCUUCUUCUGUCGCUUCAUGUAUAGAUACAUGGCAAACAAAUCUUUGGUAUGACUCUUAUCAAAGUAACUACUGUAAGUUAAGUUAAAGUAGUUUUAGAGAUUAGUUUUUUGUAUAGAAGGUA